AUGGACAAUGAAUCGGAAUACUAUUUGGUACUACAGCAAAGAACGAGAAACCCUCUACCAAGCAAUGCGUUAUCUAAUGCUAGCAUCUACGACCAGUUGUACAAUCUUCAAGUCGUACCCUGCAUGUCGUCGAAAGCAACAUUCAUCGAAACAUCUGAUUCGCCAAGAGCGAGGCCUUCCACGCCGACCCUGACCAGGGAUGUUCCGAGUUCGCUCGAUGAGCCUCUGGCGGCAGUCGGCGUGGAUUGCCCAACACCAAGGGCAACAACUCUACUCCCGAACGUUGUGGUACGCAACACCCCCAUACUCAACAAAAGCAACAAAUUACCCAGUUCACCGCAGACAUCACCAUUAACGAAAGGAACUGACCUACCUGAUUCGCCAAGCGCGAGGCCCUCCACGCCGACCCUGACCAGGGAUGUUCCGGGUUCACUCGAUGAGCCUCUGGCGGCAGUCGGCGUGGACUGCCCUUCAUCAAGGGCAAUACCCCAGCCUCCGAUUGCUGUUGUAUGCAACCCUCUACACCGUUCGUCGCAGAUGCCAUCAAAAGCAACAAACUUCGAACUAUCUGAUUCGCCAAGAGCGAGGCCCUCCACGCCGACCCUGACCAGGGAUGUUCCGGGUUCGCUCGAUGAGCCUCUGGCGGCAGUCGGCGUGGAAUGCCCCCCACCAAGGACACCAAUCAACGGUACCAGUCACGCUUCGCCACGAUGGAAGUCGAAACGAUCACGGAAGUUCAGCUAA